ACAUGUUUUCGUCAAUGUUACUUCGCUCAUUUCUGUUCGGGUCGCUCCUCUACAUCGUGCUGGCAGCCUCUGAGCCAAGUUUCACCAACGCCAUCAACAGGGGACUUGUGGACCACGGUUCUAUUCCCGAAGGGUCGGGAUUAGCCGCCAGCCGACGUCACCCAGGUAUUCUCUACACACACAAUGACCACGGGGGCAAAAACAAAAUAUUUGCCCUAGAUGCCACGAACGCUCGACUCCGGGCCACAUUCACCAUAUCUGGCGCCACCAAUCAUGACUGGGAGGACAUCGCCGUGGGCACGUGCGGCCAGGAAACGUGUAUAUACAUAGGUGACAUCGGUGAUGGCGGCCCCCAGCCUCACACGAUUUACCGAGUGAAGGAGCCAAGGGAUAUACGUGAUCAAAGUCUGCCAGUAGAGUCAAAACUUUUAUAUGAAUUUUCAGAGAAAGACUGUGAAACACUGAUGAUCGAUCCACAAGGGGAACUUUAUAUAGCCUCUAAGACGGACGACGAGCCAUCAUGGAUUGCGCAUGUGCCAACUAACGGAAACUGGGGAACAGGAACAGUCGUGAAAGUCCACAGACAAGCAAAAUUUCCGUUUUACACCAGUAAGAAAAACCCAGUGGGAGGUGACAUUUCCCCGGACGGCACGGAAAUGCUGAUCAAAUUUAAAGAAUGGGUUUUAUACUACAAAUUAGCGAGUGGGGAAAGUUAUGUGGACGCUAUUAAAAGAGAUCCACUCAAACUACCGUACCACCCAGAGCCACGCGGUGAAUCGGUCUGUUGGUCACGUAACGCGGAUGGAUAUUACACCAUGUCUGAAGGUGAAGGGGAAGACCAGCCGCUUUACUUCUAUCAAAGAAAAUGA